UUGCUUCUUACUAAGCCACCACUGCUGAGGAGUAAGACAAUGGCUCUGUUCUUAAUUCCAAGUCAGGAAUGUUUUGCCAACCUCAUCCUGGCCUGAAUGAGCCACAAGACUAUACUUGCUACUUCUGCUCACCAAGCAAACAUCUUUUCAUGGUUCGGUCUCCCACUUGAGUCAGCGAGAGAAUGUGUGGGUUCUUGGCCUGUCGGGAAAUGACCUUCCUCACCUCCUGCAAGGCUGGGGCCCUAUGAGCCAUGUCCCAGACUAUUCUGAAUUCUAGAACCCGAGAACCCUAUAUUCAACUGUCACUUGACAUCUCAACUUGCACUUUUAGCUCAACAUGGAUGGGGCUGGCCAAAAUGAAGCUGACUCUGGCGCAGAUCUUCUUCAUGCUACUGCUGCUGCUUCUGGGCCUGGGGAUGGGCCUGGGGCUGGGUCUUCGCAUGGCCGCAGCCGUCCUGGAGGACAGCAGCCAGUCGCUGGAAGAGUUUUGGUCCGGUGACUUUCAGGACAGAGCUGAGGCCAUUGAGAAGGCAAAGAGCGCCCGAACCACAGAAACCCCUGUGCUUAGCAACAAUGAAGUAGAGCAGUCUGGCUGGCAAGAAGACAGCAUCCUCGGCGAAGAUGAGGUUGCAGGAAACAAGGUGCCCAGAGCGGGGACCCCCUCUCGGGGCAAUAAAGAGUAUCUGCGGUUUGACUUGCUCUACAGGGAAUGCAACACCCUGAUGGCAGAGAAGGUGAAGGAGAGCAAUCGCAGCUGCAUAACACAGUACAUCUUCAUCCACGAGGAACCAAAAACGGUCAAAGCUGUCUGUAGCAGUCCUGCUGUUGCCUGUGAGUUCAUGAAGGGCAAAUGUCACAAAAGCCCCCGGCCUUUUGAUUUGACAUUCUGCAAGUUAUCCAAACCAGGCCAACUUACCCCUCACUGCAAUUAUCACACUUUUGUUCUGGAAAAGCACAUUUUUAUAACCUGCAAUGACCAGAAGAUCCAGAUAGCAUCCGGACAAUGAGCAGCUCAUCGCUCCUCUCUCUUGGCCGUCUCCCCUUCUUCCCCUUCCAAUUCCUCUCACACGUAGCUCUCCUCCUCUUACAGAUUCUUCAGAGAAGGUUCUGGGAAGAGAGGAUGCACUACAUCUUAUCAUUCUCUCCUGAAAAUAUAACUCUUCUUUGCCUUAGAGUCACCCAGCUUGUAUUUUCUUCCAGGGAUUAGAGGUGGCAGAGGAGGGCGAUGGGCCUGGUUUCACUAGGUUCUCUGUCUCUCUCCCUGCCUAUUGCCUGUCUGGGGAAGGGAUGCACAAAGAGCUGCCCUGGUCCCACCCAGUCUUGGUCAUCAGCCCGCCCUCUGGCCUGAGUUUGCCUUUGGGUGUGGUCUGGAAGAGUCCACAGGGCCUUUCCUGCUGCACACCCUGAGCUUCCAUGGCAACCACAGAAGACAUCUCUGCUUUGCGCAAUUGCACUUCUCCUCUGCGUGUUCGGUCACACUGACUCUAUGCCUGAGUGCGUCUGGAUAACCAUGUGGAUCAGGUUUUCUUUCUCUGAGCCUGGAAAAACUGCAAGGCCCAGGUUGGGGAGUCUGCUGAUAAUGUGCUAAGGGGCGCGGACCAAGAUAGAACACGCGCUGGGACAGAGAGCUUUCUCCCCCACUCUUCACCUUCUUCUCGUUCCUUCCGUCUUUUUCUCCCAGUCUCCUUGACUUCCCUGUCCCGCCUGCCCCUUUCCUCUGUUUCUUCCCCCCACCCCUUUCUCCCCUUGGUUCUCCUCUUCCUCUUCCUUUUCUUUUGAGACCCCGCCUGACCUUUCUCUAAGCCUUUCAGAGAUCUGUUCAGUCAAUACUGGUCACUUGUGCCGUGCCAGGUAGACAGAUAUUGGUCCUUCAUUCAGAGUCUCCCGUGGGGGUUCGGGAGGGAGUAUGGGUCAGGAGAGUGAGGUGGGGGUUGAGGGAGGAGUCCCAGAUUAGGUCUAAAAAGUAGAAUCGUGCCUACAUCAGAAGCUCAGCGGGAUGUGGAAUCAGUAGGUUGGAGGGGAAUUCCUAUUUGCAUUCCGCGUCUCUCCCUCUGUUGCUCCGGAGAACAAGGAUGUUGGUGAGAGAAUCAUCUCAGCAGAGAAAAUAUUGAAUCUGUUCAAGGAGGGGAAAAGCCAUGGGGCUGAAUAAACAGAGGGUACAGGUGGCUUCCAUCACCCUGUUUCCUCUAAAUUCGAAUAGCUCCAGGAGUAGCAGGAGCUGCCAAGUGGUUCAGCAGUUAGGAUACAGCUUGGGAUGCUGACAUCCUAUAUGGAAGUGCCUGGCUUUGAGUCCUGUCUCUGCUUCCGAUCCAGCUGCCUGUGAAUGGGCGUCCCGGGAGGCAGCAGAUGACAGCUCAAGUACUUCGGAGCCUCAAGUGGAGCUCCUGGCUCCUGGUUUGGGCCUGGCCCAGCCCCAGCUGUUGUGGGCUUUUGAGGGAGGGAAUCAGAGGAUGGAAGUUUUCUCUCUCUCUCUCUCUCUCUCUCUCUGUCACUCUACCUUUAAAAUAAAUAAAUAAAUAUUGGCAAAAAAGAAAAGAGAAGUAAUUCAGGGUCUGUAGUUAUUUUUUGAAAGUGUACUUGGACAUGCGUGGGGCAGGGGGACAUCUGUGAAAGUGGCUAUCAGAAUUCGCUGUGGGAUUUGAUUUUGAGAUCUCCUCCCCUCUAAGGCUUUUCUCUGCCUCACCUUCCUAGACCGUAAAAGUCCCCAAGAGUCAAGGACACACAUGCUUGGGAGACUGGAGGGAAGAAAGAGUCUGGUUUACUUUGAGCUGACUUUUAAUUGCCCAUUUUCCCCCUUCAUUUAUUCCAUAAUGUCCUUUUCUUUCCUAUUCUUGCUGGCGGGCAAUCACUUGAAUAUAUUGUCUCAUAUCCUCCCAGACUUCCUGCAUUCAGUAUUUGCCUUUCCACCUCUGAUUCAGCGCUCCAGGCAGUGACCUAUUGGGAGCCAUGCUGUUAGGCAGGAAGUGUGUCUGCACACGUGGGCUGCUCUGACAUUUAGACAUGGGUGGAGGAGUGACAGGCGGUGUUGACAUGACCAAGGCAAAUUUCUACUCUUCCUGGUGGAGAACCCCUCCCUGAAGAAACAAAAGAUUGGCCACGGCAAGAGAGCAUAGGAGUAGGGGAGGAGGGGAGGAAAGAACAGAUUUGCAGAGAAAAUCAGUGCUAUUAGGAAUUUGUCUGACAGGUAAACCAAGGGCAUUAGGAAUGGCAAUGGAAUGUGAAAGCGCUUCAAGUCUGACUUCUUGUUAACCAAAGCUGAAGGAGUCACAGGGUCA